AUGAUUAUAGUAUGAUAUUUUAUGUUUAACUUCCAGAUAAAGUGUAAAAAUCAUGUUUCAACUUGUUUUUAGUGUUUGUAUGUUCAUUUUAUAUCUGCUCUCUUCAGACACUACUUUGGGCGUGGCUGUCAUUUGACAGUUUUUUUCAUUGGCCGAUUGGGCCCAAUUGAUUGAGCGCUUAUUGAACCCUACCUAGCAACAAUAAACAUAACCAGGAAGUCGUGCUUUGUUGUUUUGUUAAGUCUACGGCGGCUAGCUUGCUAAUAUUUCAUUUCAGUUUUACAAGUUGGAUAAAACUAUUGGUCGAAAAAUAGCACUUCAAACAGUAAACGAUAGUGUUGAACUGUAAUACGUUAUGCCUCAUUUCAUGUAAAAAUACUGAAAAGUUUCAUUUCUGGGCAUUUUUUUCUCAAAAGACGUAAAAGUUGUGAGCCGCUUGUGCGAGCGUCGCGGUGACGUCACAAGGUGGGGUCAUGUGAAGGUCAGUUCACGCAGAGUUCAUCAGCACAAAUACAACUCCUGCAAUCAAGGAGCCUGCUGUUCCACAAGUGGACCGAACCGGGACAACCUCGUCGUCGUCCAUUUGUGAUAACUGUCCAUGGCACGCUGACACCACGAGAACCAGCACCCACUCCUCCUCGUCUUUAACCGGAUCCAGUCCAUCAUGUUCGACUACGUGGACUUCCAAGUGUUCGGUACCGGAGAGACGGCUCGUGUGUGCGCGGAAAGCUCCGACUGCAUGUACGAGCAGGAGCGGCGGUGUGCAGCCGAUUUACCGGAGCUCUUCCUCGGCCGCUGGCAGUGUAAGUGCUCGGUGUUUGGAGUGGAAGAGGCGCCGUACCGAAACGGUUCAGGCGUGGGAAGCCAUAGCUCCGGCUCUAGCUUAGACGACCACUUCACAGGCUCCGCCCACUCACCGCCGCCGCCCCCUCGCAUCUACAAGCCGUGCUUCGUGUGCCAGGACAAGUCUUCAGGAUACCACUAUGGCGUCAGCGCCUGUGAGGGCUGCAAGGGCUUCUUCCGCCGCAGUGUGCAGAAGAAGAUGGUGUACACGUGCCACCGGGACAGGAAGUGCGUCAUCAACAAGGUGACCAGGAACCGCUGUCAGUACUGUCGUCUGCAGAAGUGCUUUGCUGUGGGAAUGUCCAAAGAAUCGGUCAGGAAUGACAGAAACAGGCGUAAGGAGAAGAAGGAGGAGCCCACGAUGUCCAUUGCAGAGACAUAUGAGAUGACGGCCGAGUUGGAUGUCAUCGUGGAGAAGAUCUGCAAGGCCCACAGAGAUACCUUCCCCUCCCUUUGCCAGCUGGGGAAAUACACCACGAACUCCAGCUCGGACCACAGGGUCCGGCUGGACCUGGGACUGUGGGACAAGUUCAGCGAGCUGGCCACAAAGUGCAUCAUCAAGGUGGUGGAGUUUGCCAAGCGAGUGCCAGGCUUCACGGGCCUCACCAUGGCCGACCAGAUCACUCUACUCCGGUCUGCCUGUCUGGACAUGCUGAUUUUGAGGAUCUGCACUCGCUACACACCUGAGAAGGACACCAUGACCUUCUCUGACGGCUUGACCCUGACCCGCACGCAGAUCCACAACGCAGGGUUCGGGCCUCUGACAGAUCAGGUGUUCACGUUCGCCGGCCAGCUGCUGCCGCUGCAGAUGGACGACACGGAGAGCGGCCUCCUCAGCGCCAUCUGCCUCAUCUCUGGAGAUCGCCAGGACCUGAAGGAGCCGUCCAAGGUGGAGGUGCUGCAGGAGCCGUUGCUGGAGGCGCUGAAGAUCUACUCUCGCAAGCGGCGGCCCAGCAUGCCUCUCAUGUUUCCCAGGGCCCUCAUGAAGAUCACCGACCUGCGCAGCAUCAGCGCUAAAGGGGCGGAGCGAGUGGUGACCCUGAAGAUGGAGAUCCCGGGCGCCAUGCCGCCUCUGAUAGAGGAGAUGCUGGAGGACCUGCAGAACCUGGAGAAAGACCAGCACAUGCUCUCGGAGAGCCGAGUGACGCGGUCAUACACGUCGCCUCCUCACUGCUCCUACACCUCCUCUUCUUCUUGUCCUGUAAAAAUCUAACUACUCGAUUUCUAAGAGCUGUGUCCACCUUUGGACGCUUCCUACUGUAUUUAUAUUGCUGAGAUAUCUCAUGGAUUUCUUUUACCUCAUCAAAUAACCACAUCUCUACAGACACAAGGAGUGCAGCAGUGGCCUUCAAGGGGUGUCCAAACUUUUUCCAGCGAGAGCCACGAGGAAUGUGGGGGGCCACUUUGAUAUAUUUUGUACAUUAAAGAUGCUAAAAGCAAUCCAAUGCAGGUCAAUAGAUAUGCUCAAAUUAGUGUCCCAUUCAUUCAUUUAUUGGUGGUGGCCUGCCAUAAAUACAUUUGGGCCGCCACAAAUACACCUUCCAUAAACACAUUAUAAGGCACCUGGUCAACCAGAGAAUAAGAUGAUGUAGCAGGAGGGAUCGGUGUUGCCAACUUAGCGACGAGAUGCUCAUUCUUCAGAAAAACGAGUGUCGAAUCUACUCUCGAGUCUUUUGGUCUUUGGUUUGACAUGAAAGCAUGAGUCACUCUUCCCAACGAGCAGCAGGUGCUGCUGCUGGCCCCUCUCGCAUCUAAAAGCUCGCACAGGCGGCUUCGUCUUGUGACAUUGAAAAAAAACCUGACAAUUGAUCCCUCGCUCUCAAUGAGCAGCGGCUGUGGUCCGCUGUUUCAUUGGCUCAGUUUUCAAAUUUUGUUUUUUAUUUUUUAAAUAAUUUCUCUAAAAAUUAUUUACAUUUAUUUUUAUUUAUUUAAUUUUUUUACAUUAAGGCUGAAAAUGGCCCUCAGGCCACACUUUGGACACCACAGUACUGCUAAGGAUACAAUAGUAGUGUACUAUGAGGUACACACACGCACUAAGACUACAGUUCGUACUGGACUGGACUGUACCGGAUCAGCAUCAGCACCUAGUGUGAACAUGGGUCCUACACUUACAAGAAUGUAGCUUGUAGCAGGAUGAAGUAUACAGUAUAUAAUGUGGCCACGUGACCGUAAGCACGCGUGAGAACACGUGCGUGAAGACGUCACGUAGCUCCCACUGUUACACUAACGAGAACACAUGUGACAUCAAGUCUUUGCACUUUGUAACAUUUACCCCUCAUUGAACAUGUGGAACACUUGAAGUAACCGUCCUCAUUCAUCUUGUUACCGGAAGUAAUGUUGACCUCACACCUGCUAGCUGACUAUUUAAUGCCUUAACGAGUGUUUACGAGCUGGUAAUACAUGAAACUCUAGAUUGUUUUGUCAAACAAAGGUUUGUUGGCUCAUGCUAAGUGUCGCAGUACUGUCACCAUGACAACCUCUAACAACAAUUCAAGCCUCUACUGUGUAUAUCAAUGGGUGAUAUGUACUUUUUAAUUAAAAUAUUAAACA